GUAAAUGUCACUUCCGGGCUGUGCAUCUGACGUGUCUAAAACAGUUUCACACUGGUGGUGGAUUUUAACAUCGUUUAAAGUGUUACAGGGUAAGACAUAUACGUGGUGGCAAGAUGCUCGAUUUUUUCACCAUCUUCAGCAAAGGGGGGAUAGUGUUAUGGUGUUUUCAAGGAGCCGCGGUCACUGAAUCCUUCACGGGUCCUGUCAACGCUUUGAUCCGCUCAGUAAUCCUUCAGGAGCGAAGUGGAAACAAUUCUUUCACUCAUGAGGCCCUAAAUCUUAAAUACAAGCUGGACAAUGAGUUCGAGCUGAUUUUUGUGGUUGGUUUUCAAAAGAUCCUGACGCUGACUUAUGUGGACAAGUUCAUAGACGAUAUUCAGCUUCAUUUCAGGGAUCGUUAUAAAAAUGAGCUGGAGCAGAAGGGAGCUCUGAAGCUGCUUAACAACAACUUUGAAUUUGAGGAUGAAUUCAAGAUGCUUCUCAGAGAGGCGGAGAAGAGCAGCAAAGCUCGGAGCCAUGUUACCAUGCGGCCCUUUGAGGAGUCUGACAAAUCCAAAAAAACUGUGAAGUCCAUGAUUGAGACAAAGGGUGGGGACAAAGGCAAGGAACAGGGUGGCAAGAAGAAUAAAAAUACCAAAAAAGAGGCUCCUGCAGUUGAGCCUACCAAAGGUGAUCAAAACAAGGUCACAACCUCUGGGCAGAAGAUGGUUGAAAAUGGUAACCAGGGCUUGACUCAUGAUGAGAGCAUGCAGAAGAAAAGAGAGGAAUUUUUUCGCAAACGCAUGGUGGGGCCUACUGAAAAACCCAGCAAGUCUCCAAAGCCUGCACAAAAACCGAGGGUGAAACAAAGGCGUGUUUGGAAUAUGGGCGGUAGCAGCGCCAAGGACCUUGACUACAGCGACAGGAAUGGAAACGAUUCACACAACGAUGGGGAACAGACACAGGAGGCCAAUGCUGACCUAGGCAUAAAGGUGAACUCCAUGGGGGGAGACCUGCUGCCUGUGGAUUAUGAGUCCAGUGAGGAGGGGGAGAUGGAAGAGGAAGAGGAAGAGGAGAGAGUGGUUGUCAAUGAAACAAGCAAGAUAAGCACCAAAAAGGGUGGCAGUUUUGGAGGCAUGUUUGGGAUGCUGAAGGGCCUGGUAGGCUCCAAGAGCCUGAGCCAUGAAGACAUGGAGCCAGUGCUGGAAAAGAUGAAGGACCACCUCAUUGCGAAGAAUGUAGCCGCUGAGAUUGCUUCCCAGCUCUGUGACUCUGUAGCCAAAAAACUGGAGGGCAAAGUCAUGGGCACUUUCACCACUGUGGCCUCAACAGUGAAGCAGUCCCUGCAGGAAUCUCUGGUGCAGAUCCUUCAGCCCAAGCGAAGGGUGGAUAUUCUGAGAGACGUCAUGGAGGCGCAGCGCCAACGAAGACCCUUUGUGAUCACAUUUUGUGGUGUCAAUGGCGUUGGAAAGUCCACCAAUUUGGCAAAGAUCUCCUUCUGGCUGAUAGAGAACGGUUUCAAAGUGCUGAUCGCAGCCUGUGACACAUUUCGUGCUGGAGCAGUGGAGCAGCUCCGCACUCAUCAGCGCCGCCUGAACUCACUGCAUCCUCCAGAGCAGCAUGGGGGACAGCCUGUAGUCCAGCUCUAUGAGAAGGGCUAUGGGAAAGAUGCGGCGGGAAUAGCCAUGGAGGCCAUCAACUAUGCCCGCAACCAGGCCUUUGAUGUGGUGCUAGUGGACACCGCUGGGCGUAUGCAGGACAAUGCCCCCCUAAUGACGGCCCUGGCCAAACUCAUUGCCGUCAACAUGCCCGACCUCGUGCUGUUUGUUGGGGAGGCUCUGGUGGGAAAUGAGGCAGUUGACCAGCUGGUGAAGUUUAAUCGGGCUCUGGCAGAUCACUCUAUGUCUGACAAGCCUCGGCUCAUUGAUGGAAUUGUUCUCACCAAGUUUGACACCAUUGACGACAAGGUGGGUGCUGCCAUCUCCAUGACGUACAUCACAGGUCAGCCCAUCGUGUUCGUGGGAACGGGGCAGACUUACAACGACCUGCGCAGCCUCAAUGCCCGAGCUGUGGUCGGCGCCCUCAUGAAGGCUUAAGUGGCCGCAUGUUCUGCUAUUCAUUCACUGUCGCAAACAAAGCCAACACCCUUUGCCACACUGCUGUGAGAUGUUCCAGCCCUGCUCGCCUGUGUUUCUCAUCCUGAUAUUCUGCCUGUCCGAUGUCGCAAAUGAAGAAUUUGUGUCAUGCAAAGACGGGACUUAAUUCUCCCAUUUAAGGAUGUGUGCACUUUUGAAAAACAGAUCAUUUUUCAACAAAUCUAGAGGGGCCGCCUCCUCCCCCCUUUGCAUCAUUUCUUAACUUUUCCCUAACUGAAAAGUACCUCAGCUCAGCCUGUGAAGUCACAUCCAAAUGACAUUUUAGUUGACUAAAUGGAUCUAGGCUGUAAAUGUCAUCUGUUUACUGGUUUACACAGUAAAUACUUACAAUACAAGUCCCCACCUGGCAUUCUGUCAGUCAGUUUUCCCCUCUUUAUGUAAAUGAGGUUGGGUUGUGAAGGCUUGCUGGACGUGACAUUUCAGCAGCUGCCGGUGCCUGAGGAAAGCUAAGUGACCAUAGUGCCUAUCUGUCUCCUGUGUUGUUAGUUGACACUUUCACUACAUUGGUGUUUAUCCAGAGAGCAUCAUGAUUGUUAACAUCUGAAAUCCAAUCACUCCUUCUCGGCUAGAUGAGGAGUCUCAGUCCAUUGGUAAAUGCUAUAAUUCCAUUUUAAUAAACAGAAAAACAAAAAAGAAGUCGGUCAAGGCUGAUCCUUUUGUAAAGUGAGGAAUUUCAUUCUCUAAAUGCAUCUUCAGUUGUGCUAUUUCAGAUGAAUUGUUCUAUGAACGUCAUCUUCCAGAGCUCCUCAUCUGCCAAAAACACUUCACUUUUUCAUUACAGAAUGGAGACUACCCCUUAGUUUAAGUUCAAGUGUGAAGAUAUUUUGUAAUUUUUUUUAGUUCUUGCAGCUUAUUUGCAGAUCAUGCGACAGAAGUUCUUUGGGCCUUUUAUCUAUGUGUUACCCAUUGAUUUAUUCUUUAAUAAUUAAGAAGAAAUUGUUUUUAAAUUAUGUCCAUCCCCCUUUAAGUUAUAGUAGUGCAAUAUGAGAGAAGCUAGAAUUAUACAGAAGAUGUAAGCUAAUUUAUGAGGAUGUAAACAUUUCUAAAUAAAGCUGCUAUGUGAUGUGAUGGCCUGUAAGGUG